AGGAGCCUCCGGAAGGGGCGUGGCUCCGUUAUCAGAGCCGGAGCGGGCGCGAGAACGAGGCAGCCGAGAGUUCCCCGCCGCGGGAGGGGCCAUGCUGAGUGGGCCGUGGCGACGAGCUCUGUUUGCGCUGGUGGGGAGGCCGCCGCUGGCGUCGGCCGCCGGGAGCAGGGCGGUGCACGCGGCGGGGCUCAGGCCGGCCGCCGACAGCCCGGGGUCGGGCCAGGCCUCGCCUCCGGCCGCCUUUGACGCAGCCCUGCUGGACGUGCUGGUGUGCCCGCUCUCUAAGAAGCCUCUGAGGUAUGAAGUAUCAACAAAUGAACUGAUUAAUGAAGAACUGGGAAUUGCUUACCCAGUCAUUGAUGGUAUUCCUAAUAUGAUACCACAGGCUGCAAGAAUGAUACAUCAGAAUAAGCAACAAGAAAAAAAAGAACAAGAGUAGGCUGCUGUUAUUGAAAACCAAACUCCUGGACCCCAGCACCGUAAGGGGGAGGAAGAGAUAAACAGUCAAGGAAGAUGUUUCUGUCUCUCCCCACAAUGACUGUCCUUGUUCCUCUGAUCUCUUUAGCUGGACUCUUUUACUCUGCCUCUGUAGAUGAAAACUUUCCCCACGGUUGUACCAGCACCAGCAGCCUGUGCUUUUACAGUCUUCUCUUGCCAAUUACCAUACCAGUUUAUGUGUUCUUCCACCUCUGGACUUGGAUGGGGAUUAAGCUCUUUAGACACAAUUGAUGCAAUCAGGGGCUCCCCUGGGAAACUAUGUAGUAAGGCCAUGUGAUUUACUUUUAAACAGAAAAUAUAUAUACGAGAAUGAUCUCAUUUUCAUAGCAAACUAAGAUUUUCAUCCUUCUCUUAGAGACUCUGGAUUAAAGAAAUUUAAAAUGGGCUUUUUUAUCUCACCUUUUCCAUAGUUAUGGGCAGAGGAGAGGAAUCCCUGUAUUCAUUUCAUUAAAAUGUUUCCUUGUUAGACUUAACAGCCCUAAUAUUGAUGUAUAUAAAUGUUGGAUUUUAGUUUUGAUUAUACUCAACUAAAAGUUAAAUACAUUUACUGAAAGGUUUUUGGAUUAUUUUGGUUAGUAGAUGAAAGGCUUUUGGGCAAUGGAAGGUAAUAAUAAAAAUAACUAAUAUUUUCAAAGGUACUACACCAAAUAAUUUGUUCAUUUAAUUAGUUUCAGAUAAAUUCAUUUGAACUAGCAUUCAUACAAAAUAAAAUGGAAAUUGAUGUG